UUCUGAAAUAAAGUAACGGAUAUUAUAUUUAAACUUUCGGUUUAAAUUGUGAAUAUAUUUAAGUUUUACGGAAGUUUAUUGUCAGUGUAUUUCGUUGGUUUUUGAGGAACGCGGUCCAGUUAUUUCCUGUGGUGUUAGCUCGCCAGCUAACACAAGAGGUAUGGAUCAGAAAAUUCCUUAUGAUGACUAUCAGCUGCCAGUUGUUUUUUUGCCCCCCUAUGAAAAUCCACCUGCGUGGAUUCCUCCUCAGGAUAGAAUAAAUCACCCUGAUUAUAAUAAUGAGCUUACACAGUUCUUACCACGCACUAUAGUCUUGAAAAAGCCUCCUGGAGCGCAACUGGGCUUCAACAUCCGGGGUGGAAAGGCUUCACAGCUUGGUAUCUUUAUUUCUAAGGUGGUGCCAGAUUCUGAUGCCCACAGGGCUGGACUUCAGGAAGGAGAUCAGGUGUUAUCAGUUAAUGAAGUGGACUUUCAGGACAUAGAGCACUCAAGGGCUGUGGAGAUUCUGAAGACAGCCAGGGAGAUUUUGAUGAGGGUGCGCUACUUCCCUUACAAUUACCAGCGACAGAAGGAGAGGACAGUACACUAGGUGGCAGAGAUGUGCUGAAGACUGAAUGAGUGAGCCACUGAGGCGUUGGUUCCUAAUAUGGAGCACAUCAUCUUCAUCUUUACUGCUGUCUUUGACUAAAGCUGCAUUCACAUGGUGUCAGAGGUGUGAGAAUUUUUAGUGUCUAAUUGUCUUGUGUCUGUCUCGCCUUGUAUUAUAAUGUCACUAUUACUUGUCCUGUGUUAAAGCCUCAUGCAGAUAAGAACAUGUUCUGGAUAUAGGAAAGAGGGAAGAUUUUAGAAUACUAUUUUUUAGCCUAAUGUAAAAGAACACUAUGAACUAACUUAUGACAUGGCUACUUGGGAAAGCAUCUUCCCAGGAGCUCUACAAUGCAGUGUCAAACAAUCAGGAGCAUGCACGGUAUCUCAUUUAUAACCAAUGGCGUCAGUAUUAAUACCAUGACAAUUUUUUACGCAUUUUCUUUAAUAUUUGGCCAGUAGUCUUCUAACAUACAUGUAGAAUCCAGUUUCGCCAUUGACACAGCGUUCUAGAUUUUGGAACACACAUUCUUGUUGGCUCACUGACACAGAUGAGACUGACUGCGUAGGUAUUGAAAUCUGGUACUGAAUGAUGUGGAAUUAUUUGCGGUACAAUAUGUAGUAUUGAAGUCAUUCAUUCAGUACUUUUAAAUAUGUAAAAUUUUGAUAGCCAGCUCUAACAGAUUGAAUAAUUACUUGUUUUAACAUUCAACACACCGAAAGAGAACUGUUGACUAUCUCUGGAUUAGCAUAUGUUCGCAAUUGGGAAUACCCCAGUCAUCACCAUUGUCUUAAUAUUUCUUCUUUUUAGUCAUGGAAUGUACUUUUGCAGCUUGAUGCCCUGCUGACAGAUUUGCUACUGAAAAAUACAACCAUUACUAACUACUUAUGUAAGAAACUGGUAUAUUUAUUUUUAAUUGAGGACCUCAAAUGUAUAUUACUGGUAUCCUUUGAAAUUUAUGGUUUGGCGUGAUCCUAAGAUUUGUCCUUUCCACGCAUUGGUUUUGAGGUACUGCCUUAUCUCAAAGCACUUUGUAUUUUUAGGAAUAACACAUUAUUAAACAUUGAUGCUAUUGUUGUUUUUUCUUUUUUAACUUUGUGUUAAGUUAAUCGUAUGUGGAGCAAUUUUUAAUAAAUUAGUUCUCUCUUGCUGUA